CCCACCGCGGCCUAUCUUAGUCGAUCCUCCAGCGAGCCCGCCUCGUCGUCAGCCCAGACGCACGCCGCGCCUCCAUUUGGACGCCCACCUCCCGCCUCGCUGGCUUCUUCUCUCGCCAUCCGCACCCCCCGAUCAAACGUGUCUUCAUCGCGCUACGCGCCCGCAAGCAAUGACCCGCGUGUCCAUAUAUUCCUCGGCCCUGGUGGCAUUUAUUGCCGCCACGGGGAUGAUCAUCGCCUCCAUCGUCACCCCCAACUGGGUGACGUACUCCGUCACAACGCCCAAAGGCGAGCGCUUCGAGAAACAUAUUGGCCUGCACAAGAGCUGCUCCAGCCUCGACUCGCCCCCCUGCCGCGCCUUUCCCCCCGCAGAGCUCUGUCAGGAUGGCGAGCGGUACUUUUGCUCCAUGUGGCGAACCAUCGGCUUCAUGGCGUCGCUUGCGACCAUCCUGUGUCUCGCCUGCCUCGUAACGUUUGGCGUCAUCAUGCGAGGCGGCAAGUACAAGCGCGAGACGGGCUGGCCGAUCGUGAGCGGCAUCCUAGCUUUGGUCGCAAUCGUAGAAUUCGUCAUUAUCUCCAUCGUGGCGUACCUGUUCGAUAACGACGACCAGUUUACCAUUCCCGGAUGGAGUCUCGACUACUCGUGGUAUCUGAGCACCUUUAGCGCCGCCAUCUCCCUGCUUUCCGCCGCAGGUCUGGCCGUCUCGGCCUAUCUGCUGCCGCCUGAAGAGGGCUACGAGUUCUUGGAGGAUCCCCUCGAUGCCUGAGCACGGAGCGGGCCUCCGGCUGUGCGUGUUUGUUUCUCCUUUGUUGCCGAUUGUGAAUCACAUUUAAUUAAUAGGCAGCACGAGAAUCGUGCGGCGGUAUAAAGGGUAUAGCGUUAGGCAGCGGCUUCUUCAGGCGUUCGAGUUCGUCCCAGGUUGACGAGACAAAAAGCUGGGCUGCAUGGACCUGGUGUCAUGCAAGGGUAGCACCCGAGUUAAUGUUGACAUCACUUUAACCAACGUAAA